CUCUACCACACCUUUCAAUCAGAGUCUUCCAAGCAUGGCUCAUCGAUAUCUGAUCUUUGCAACACUCGUGCCGCUUAGUUUCGCGGCACCAAGACCACAGCCACCACCAGACGUUUGGCAUCGUGAAAAGCGACAAGAAGGUGGAACGGGUGCACCGCCAGCAUGGGCUGGACUUGAUGUACCUACAGCGACAGCAUUUGGUCCACCAGGUGCGAGCGGAGCUCAACGAGGAUCAAAGAGUUUGAUUGGGUACAAUCCUGCAAACCCAGUAGACACUUCGCUCCCAGCAACAGUCCCCGAAGACCAAUUUCAGCUCGCAGCAGGACAGUCCGAGGACGCAGACCUUGGUCUUUACUUGGACCUCGCCUCAGUCGAGAAUCCCCAGCCCAUCCGAGGUGGCACCAACUCGCCUACCGAUCCUGGUCCACGUAAUCGACAGCUCGAGAAGCAGAAUCCGGAUCUUUACGCGCCACCUGGCACAGACUCAGGCGAUGUUCCUAAUGCAAAAUGGCCCCUCGCUCUCUCACACAACAGACAUGGUAAAGAGGCAGCUGGCUGGGCACGUCAGCAGAAUGUGGAGCAAUUGCCCAUCGCCACUGAGAUGGCUGGUGUUGACAUGAUGCUCGAGCCUAAUGCCUACCGAGAACUUCACUGGCAUCAGGCAAAUGAGUGGUCGCUCAUGCUGAAUGGCUCUGUCCGCGUGACGUCCGUCAACGAAGCAGGUCAGACCUUUACCGAUGAUCUCCAAGCCGGUGACGUGUGGUUCUUCCCUGCCGGCGUCCCGCAUUCGAUCCAGGCUCACGGGGACGGCUGCGAGUUCCUUCUCGUCUUCGACAGCGGCGAGUUCAGCGAAGACAACACCUUCCUCGUCUCCGAGCUCUUUGAAAGAAAUCCGAAAUCCGUGCUCGCCAAAGACCUUCGAGUCGACACAAGCGCGUUCGACAAUAUUCCUGAGGGCCAGCUUUACAUCUUCCCUGGCACACCUGCGCCAGCCAACAUCUCUGAGCAGAAUGUCACUGGUCCGGCCGGCAUCAUUCCACAGGAAGUGAGUUACAGCUACCAUUUCUCUCAGCAGGAACCCUAUACCGUCCCAGGCGGCAGCGUCAAAAUCUUGGACUCUGUAACAUUCCCAAUCGCGAAGGACUUUGCCGUAGCGCUGUUCACGGUUAAGCCAGGAGCCAUGCGUGAGCUGCAUUGGCAUACAACUUCCGACGAAUGGGAUUAUAUCAUCGCUGGACAAGGUCGGUUGACAGUAUACCAGGCUCCGCAGAGUUCCAGCACUUUCAAUUUCCAGGCUGGUGAUACGGGAUAUGUGCCGGUGACUACAGCUCAUUAUCUUGAGAAUACUGGAAAUACUGAUCUGAUCUACCUUGAGGUGCUCCAAGCCCCGGCGUAUAACGAUAUUUCGGUCGCACAAUGGCUCGGUCUCACUCCAAAGCAGAUUGUCAAGGAUCAUUUGGGCUUUUCGGAGGAUACUUUGAAUAGGUUGCCCAAGGUCAAGCCUUUCAUUUUGCCUGGUGAUACGAAUUUGACGCAGACGAACUUCACGAGCGAGGCGGAGUAAAUCGAGCAUAGAGUAGAGAUGAUGAUGAGGGUGGACUGUCUCUUGUGGAUUAGCGAUAUCUUUUCCAAUGCAAUUCCGACUUGAGUUUCUUUUAUGGGAGUCU